UGCUUCUGUCGACUAUGUGUCGGACUCUUAUGUCAUUCACACCAUGAUCUUGAGCAUGGAUCUCUUGAUUUGCCUGUAUAGCCACAUUUCUUGCUCGAUUUCUUGAAUUCCGAAUGGCUUUGCUGGACUUCCUUUUUCUCCAGAGCUGGACCUUCCGGGUAGGCAGCACUACCCCGAGGUCAGAUUAUAAUCUAAGGGAACUCUGUAUUUCAUCGAAGGAGCAAAAUUCAGAGAAGGAAAGAACCCUGAGUUUUGAUAUCAUUAGCCUCCCCAAGUACUUUCUUUAGACUCUAUGAACAGUCUGGAAAGGUUUGGUUGAUACCUACAAAAUCAUGUGCUUGAUUUUAUGUCAUGUGAGGCUAGAAGGCUAAAAUGUGUACUGCAGAAAGCAGAACACUGGAAAUCCUAUCUAUGGAUGAUUACUUUGAUGGGUUGGUUUAAAUUUCUACUGACCAAGGACUAUAUACCCCAUGUAGCAAUAUUUGAGCUUGCGAACUGGCUACUCCUCAAUGACCCUUCUUUGCUUUGUGAUCUGAUCACAUGCAGAUACCGAGCUGUCACGAGUGCAUACUACAGGGGAGCCGUAGGAGCGAUGCUGGUGUACGACAUAACCAAGCGUCAAACCUUUGAUCACAUCCCACGCUGGCUGGAAGAGCUGCGGGGUCAUGCUGACAAGAAUAUAGUCAUCAUACUGAUUGGUAACAAGUGUGAUCUCGAGGAUCAGAGGGCAGUAUCCACGGAGGAUGCCAAGGAGUUUGCCGAGAAGGAAGGCUUGUUCUUCCUGGAAACCUCCGCACUGAAUGCAACCAACGUCGAGAGCGCCUUUGUGACCGUGUUGACAGAGAUCUUCAAUAUCGUGAACAAGAAGAGCCUGGUAGCCGAUGAGAGUCAGAGCAAUGGCAACCCGGGGUCAUUAGCUGGUAAGAAAAUCCUUGUACCUGGCCCCGCACAAGUGAUUCCGGCCAAGAGCAGCAUGUGUUGCACCUCGUCGUGAAAACGUUAACUGAGAGGGGUGAGUAAUUCGAAAGGCGACUAGUGGGUUUUUUCGAUACCAGAAUUUUGUUUUGUAAAUUUCUUGUUUUGCCUCUUGAUUUGUACGGUUUUGUUUUAUGGAAGCUAGGAACUUUACACAUUGCUUUGUAAUUGAAAAUUUCGUCGUCUGAACCUGAGCAGUUGUAUAAUGGUUGUUUGUGCCUUUUUUUUCUUGUAUUCAUUUCUGUUUGGUCUCGUAUGAAAGCUGGGCACUGCUUCUUAUCUGUUUCACUCCCUUCAAGUGCAUAUUGUGGUGGAAUUUGUUUCCCGUUUUGCCUUCUUUCAUUUUAAGUGGUUUCAGAUGUAAUGAUUGAGAACUAAUGAUUUUUUUUUUCUAUAGUUAUUUUUAAUCGCCUCUAAUUUUAUUUUUCGUGUUUACACAAUUAUUUUGCGCAGAUGUAUUGUUGGGGUGUGCCUACGGUGACAUGCAUGUCACGGUGACUAGUGGCGGAGCCAGAAAAUUGGCCAAGGGGGUGUCUUUGUCAUAUCAUAAAAACUCACCUAUACAAUAAAAAGGUCAACUUUAA